CAGUACUGGCUAAACAAAGUGACGGACAAGAAGACCGCGCGGCUUUGAGCGGUACUGUUAUCCAUUUGUUUCCAUGUCCUGAUGGCGAUUCCGAAUUUAACCACAACAAGUUGUAUAUUGUAUAUAGUUGACAGUACAACAAGAGAUACCGAAAGACCGCACAAAGCAAAAAUAAAGACAAAAAAAGCCCCUCAUACUGUUUCAAAAUAUCAAAAACUUCAGACAAGUCGGACAAGUAGGAGGACCUUGCCAAUCGCCCAAAAGCCACUGACCAAUACACUCCCGAUGAUAAUUCGUCGCACAAUAACUCUGACACCAGACCAAAAACCCCCGGAUCAUCACAUCUACUCUUAGAAAGCCCUCUCUCGUCCGCAGUAUAUUUGAGAGCCCACGCACCAGACACCUCAACCCGAAACGGAAGCAAACAAACCCCACACUCCCCCUCGAUAAUUUUCGGCGAGACUAUCCAUCCAGCAACAUCAUUCCAUGCCUGACCAGCCAGCUCCGACAUAGAGCUCAAGCCUGGAACGUCCGAUCUCCUCGUACCACAAUCCUCGAGCCCCGAAGGCCGAGCCUGUUGCUGCAGUUCCGGGUCUACAUGCUGGGUCGAUGAUGCAUCCGCCUGCUGUACCGGUUCACUCAAACCCGUACCUGAAGUUCCCCUCCCCUCACCGCACGUAGAAAUGUAUCGAUACACCCUAAAACUUCCACCUAGCAGCAAAAAUAUCCGUCUGACGCUGAUGACCUGAACAACACAACGGCAACGACGCGACGUCCAACAGGAGAUCCUCAAUAUCCCAGCCCUGGGCGAGGCGGAUAUCGCCCAUAUGCAGUAAAUGAAAGGCCCAUUCCCAUUUAGCAAGAUUGGUCUCGUUCUCGCAGCGAAGACGAUCGGCGGCCUUGAAGCUGAGACAGCGGCGUUCGGAUUAGGGGUUUUA